AUGGAAAAUUCCUUUAACGUGGAUAAACGUUGUAAAAGUAAACACGAAAGGAUAAUUUUAUCGUUUGCAGCCGGUGCGAGGGAUGGUGGUGGAAGGAGAUAUCCUGUGAUCGUGUUCGUGCAUGGUGAAAGCUACGAGUGGAGCAGCGGCAAUCCUUACGACGGUAGCGUCCUGGCGAGUUAUGGUGGUGUUGUUGUAGUUACCAUAAACUACAGACUAGGAAUUCUCGGCUUUCUAAAUGCCAACACAGAUUCGCACUUACGGUCGCCGGCAAAUUACGGGCUAAUGGAUCAAAUCGCAGCGUUACACUGGGUACAGGAGAACAUAGGCUAUUUUGGGGGUGAUCCUGGAAACGUGACGUUAGUGGGCCACGGUACCGGUGCUGCAUGCGUCAAUUUUCUCAUGACUAGUCAGGCCGUACCUGACGGACUCCUUUUUCAUCGCGGAGUUUUGAUGUCAGGUAGCGCUCUCUCGCCCUGGGCGUUGGUAAGAGGGGCUGCUAAUUACGCUAUGCAAGUUGCCAAACAUCUGAAUUGCUCGUCGGUUGCUGGUGAUCCACAAGCGCUUUUACGAUGUCUCAGGGACGUACCGUUGAACACUUUGAUAUCAGUCCCUGUGAAGGGUCUGGAAUUUGCCCCAGCUUUUGGCCCAAGCAUAGACGGUGUUGUCAUCGAUCCAGGUGAUCCCGAGGAUCAAGACUUCACUUUACAAGUGGAUACGAUAAACACGCUGAACAACAUUUUAUUGAGAAAAGAUGUCAUAGCAAAGCUCUCAAGGUACGAUUUGAUGGUAGGUGUGGUACGAUCAGAAGCGUAUUUUUCAUUAACCGCGGAUGACGCUCAGUACGGUAUCGAAGCCGACAGAAGAACUAAAAUACUUCGUGAAUUCGUACGCAAUACUUAUACCUAUCAUCAACCAGAAAUUUUAGCAACAAUUAUUAACGAAUACACGGAUUGGGAAAGACCAGUUCAGCAUCCGGUUAAUAUCAGAGACGAAACACUAGAAGCACUUGGCGAUGCUAACACCGUUGCCCCUGCUACGAGAACUGCGGAUCUUCACAGCCAAUCUCAUCGGAAUUCCUAUCUAUACGUUUUCGACUAUCAAACUAAAUUCGGAGACUAUCCGCAGAGACCUGGCUGUAUCCACGGCGAAGAGCUGCCAUAUUUUUUUGGAGCACCUAUAGUCGGGGGCUUGGCACAUUGGCCGAAAAAUUACACCAGAGCGGAAAUCGCUCUCUCCGAAAGCGUUAUAUUGUACCUGACGAAUUUCGCUCGUACCGGUAAUCCUAACGAGGGAACACCCGAUCCUGGUCUGAUAGGUUCGAGACCCGAACGUACAAAGGUCAAAAACAUUGAAUGGACCGCCUACGAAGCGGUACACAAAAAAUAUCUCAGUAUAGAACUGAAGUCGAAGUCGAAGAACCAUUACAGGGCACAUAGACUUUCCUUUUGGUUGAAUCUCGUGCCUGAUCUUCAUAAACCUGGUACCGAAGACGUUCCCAGGUCGCAUCAUCUUUUAGACGCGGAACAGGUACCACCGAGAUUCAUCCAAAGAGUACCGACAACUGCACGCACGACGACAUCGGAAGUAACGAUCGUUGAUAAACCACAAAAUGGUUCAACUGCUAUACCAAGCGAAUUAGCUUUCGAGGAUUCGACCGGUCAACCGGAAGACGGUUUUGCAGCUUACUCGACUGCACUCAGCGUAACGAUAGCAAUUGGUUGCAGUCUUCUAAUUCUAAACGUUUUGAUAUUUGCCGGGGUCUACUAUCAACGUGACAAAAGUAAUCAACACAGUUGUUCGAAGAAACGUCAGGAAAACGGACAAAUGCCUAACAAUAUAUGCGGCGAAUUGGAAACUAAAAAUGCGGAGAGACAUCACAUACAACACAUACCACCACCUGAAUUCGCUGACCUGCAAAACAAUAGUUGUCACGUGCCGAUGCCACCCCCACCUCCUAAAAAUACAAAACCAGGAAAACCAACGCAAAAUUUAAUUAUCAGUCCUAAUCAAUUGCAACAGGAAAGUCUUGCGAUGUCGGCCGCGGGAACCCUAAAAAAAGGACACAAUCAUCAAACACAGAUCAUGGAGGAACUAAGAGUUUGACUCUAGGAGUUUCUACCUUACCAAUGC